AUGUUCCCAUUUAUGCUUUUUUCUACCCUGUUUUCUUUCAUAUUUACUGAACCUGGGAAGCAAUAUUGGAUCUGCAACUCCUCCGAGUCAAGUGUUUCGUACACCUACUGUGAUAAAACAGAAUAUCCUAUUUCAAUUAACCUUGAACCAUGUAUAACAUUGACGGGAACCAGAGGAUUUUUACAUAUUUUCUUCAUUCCAAGAACAGACAUAAAAAAAUUAUAUUUUAAUUUGUAUAUAUCUGUCAACUCCGUGGAUUUUCCAAAGCGUAAGGAAGUAAUUUGCCGAGGAUCUGAUGAUGUUUAUUCUUUUUGCGGAAAUCUGAAGGGAGAGACUGUGAAUACAACCAUAUCAUUCUCUUUCGGGGGAAUGCUAUUUUCUAAGGGACGAUACAGGUGUGUUGCAGAAGCCAUUGCUGGGAAUGCUGAAGAAAUGCUCUUUUGUUUGAAUUUCACCGUCAUACACAACCCUCGUAUAAAUUAGAAUAAAUUGAGCACAUUUUUUAUUUUUCAAAA